AUGAUGGACGGCCGCCUCCUGGAGCAUCCGCAUGCCCAGUUCGGGGGCUCGCUGGGCGGCGUGGUGGGCUUCCCCUACCCGCUGGGCCACCACCACGUGUACGAGCUGGCCGGCCACCAGCUGCAGUCGGCCGCCGCCGCCGCGGUGCCCUUCUCCAUCGACGGCCUGCUCAGCGGCUCGUGCGCUGCCGCCGCCGCCGCCUCGGUGGUCAACCCCACGCCGCUGCUGCCGGCCGCCUGCGGGGUGGGCGGCGACAGCCAGCCCUUCAAGCUGUCAGACUCGGGGGACCCGGACAAGGAGAGCCCGGGCUGCAAGCGGCGGCGCACCCGCACCAACUUCACCGGCUGGCAGCUGGAGGAGCUGGAGAAGGCGUUCAAUGAGAGCCACUACCCCGACGUGUUCAUGCGCGAGGCUCUGGCGCUGCGCCUGGAUCUGGUCGAGUCCCGAGUUCAGGUCUGGUUCCAAAACCGCCGCGCCAAGUGGAGGAAGAAGGAGAACACCAAGAAGGGCCCGGGGCGGCCGGCGCACAACUCCCACCCGACCACGUGCAGCGGGGAGCCGAUGGACCCGGAGGAGAUCGCGCGCAAGGAGCUGGAGAGGAUGGAGAGGAGGAAGCGGAAGCACGAGAGGAAGCUGCUCGGGGGCCAGGGCCGCCGCCUGCACUCGCCCGGCGGCCGGUCCCUGCACAGCGCGCCCGGCUCCGACAGCGACGGCGGCGGCGGCCCGUCCCCGGAGCCGCCCGAGCCGCCCGCGCCCGCCGCCUGCGAGCCCGCCCUCUCCCCGGGCCGAAGAGGCGGCGCCGGCCCGCCGCCGCGGCUCGGCCGCCCCGCCGACAGGGACGCGGCCGCGAGCGCGGGCGCGGCGGGCGCGCCCAAGGCCAGCCCGUUCAGCGUGGAGAGCCUGCUGUCCGACGCGCCGCCGCGCCGGAAAGCGCCCCCCGCCAGCGCGGCGGCCGCGGGGCUGGACUUCGCACCCGCGCUGCCGCGCGCGCCGAGGACCCUCAUCGGCAAGGGCCACUUUCUGCUUUACCCCAUCGCGCAGCCGCUCGGCUUCCUGGUGCCGCAGGCCGCGCUCAACGGCGGCUCGGGCCCUGAGCCCGCGCCCGAGGGAGCGCCGCCCGCGCCCGCCGCGCCGCCCGCGCCGCCUGCCCAGGCCAGCUCCGCGGCCCUCCAGGGGCCCGGCGGCGCUCCGGACCCGGCCUCCGCGCGCCGCAGCCCCGACGCCGCCGCCUCGCCGGGGGCCCCGACGCCGGCGCCUUUCCGCGACGCCGCGGCCGCGGGCGGCGGCGGGGACUGCGCGGAUGCGGGCACCGCCUGCCCAGCGGCCCCGCCGCCGCCGCCGCCCGGGCCUGGCCUGCCGGCUCCCAGCCCCGCCGCAGAGCCAGCCGUCGGCGGGGCCCCCGAGCCAGGCGCCGCGACGGGACCCGGCGCGCUGCAUGGCGAGCGGCUGGCCGUGGACUGA